UAAAGUCUUCUCCGGAGCUCUUUCUGUACAUCUCCUUCCAUCCCCAAAGUUGCCACCGUCAGAACUUCAAGCUUCCCGUGCUUCAUUAAUGGCGCCUAUUUCUCAGGCUUCCAUCGAAGAAAAAAAUAAUGGAUCAGAAAAUAUGGGCGAAAAGGCAAAGAUGAUUAACUGCAACACGGUGCUGUGGGAAGUCAAAUCUUCCAUUAGAGGAGUCAUGGCUGAGCUUCAGACUUUAUCUAACAGCGAGAAAACCGUUAUCUCUCUCGGCACCGGCGAUCCCACCGCCAAUCCACAGUUCCUCGGCCGCCGGCCGCCGUUCAUUGAUUCUCUCUCCUCUGCUCUCACUUGCUCUCUCUCCGACUCCUACGCUCCUUCCUUUGGCCUCCCUUCUGCUCGCCGCGCGGUGGCAGAGCAUUUAAACAGGGCGUUGGACAAUAACACCGUCGGUGGACCCGCCCCUUUCCACGUCUCGUCCGACGACGUCUUCCUCACCUCCGGCGCCACCCAAGCCAUACAUUCCAUCCUCACCGUCAUCUCCUCCGCCGGCGGUAACGUCCUCCUUCCCCGGCCAGGAUUUUCUCUCUACGACUUUGCCUGCGAUAUCGCCGGUGUCCGCCGUCGCUACUAUGACUUACUACCGUCUCGCCGAUGGGAAGCUGAUCCCAAUCAGAUACGAGCCGUUGCCGAUGAUCUAACCUUAGCCAUCGUCCUCAUCAACCCUAAUAAUCCAUCCGGCGCUGCUUUCUCGGCUAAUCAUAUUUUACAGAUUGCCGAGAUUGCUAGGGAUUUGAACAUUCCGAUAAUCGCCGAUGAGGUUUAUGGUGGAAUUGUCUUUGGAGGCGGCAGCUUCAUUCCCAUGGCAAAUUUUGCUCAUAUAGCGCCGGUUAUCACCAUCGGAUCGCUGGCCAAGCGUUGGAUGGUUCCUGGCUGGCGUCUUGGCUGGUUAGUCAUUUGCGAUCCACAAGGCACCCUUCAAAAGGUGAGGGAGGCAACUGAAAUAUUUAUGAAUGUGAAUUCUGGCCCAGCUUCAGUGAUCCAGGCUGCACUUCCGUCAGUCCUCUCUAAUGCAAAUGAGAAAUUUCAUGAGAAUGUCGUCAAGUUAUUGGACUUAUGUGCGGACACCUUAUUUAGAGGGUUGGAGAAAAUUGAAGCGCUGAGAUGCUAUUCCAGGCCUCAGGGUGCUAUGUUCAUGAUGGUUGAGGUGGACACCAGUCGCCUUCUUGGCAUUGAGAGCGACAUGGAUUUUGCUAAAGAGUUAAUGAAAGAAGAGUCCAUCUUGGUUUUGCCAGGUUCCAUAUUGGGCUUGAAGAAUUGGGUUAGGUUUUUCUUCGGAUUGCCUCCAGGACUGUUAAAUGAUGCGUGUGAACGAAUGAGAUCCUUCUGCGAGCGGAGGAUGAUUAAUGUCCGACAGAUUUAAACUCCUAAAUAAAGCUUUAAUGGCUGUAUUUUGAUCAUUAAUCAUGAUCUAAUUAUUAGUUGUACUUUAAUCGCAUUUUUAAUGAAAUUAGUGCCUUGAGAUAA